AUGGACUUUGUCUCUCUUCCGAUCCCCUGUUGCUACCUGACGGAUCUCCCUGGGUUUGGAUCGAGUCGCGGCUCGGCGCAGCAGUCGGGCGAAGAGAAAGAUGUCAUUGGCGUUCCGAGACUAUGUUCCGUCGCGCAUCUGUCUGGUCUGUCUGCUACUUGCUCUUCCUUCAUCCAAUCCAAAGACUCGCAUUAUCCGAGGCCUGCUCCGGAAUGGAAGACACUUGCGCAUGCGCUGGUUCCAUAG